AUGGUUGAUUUAAAUACUAUUAGUCCAAAGAAAUAUUACCAUUCAGAAGUGGAAAAUAGGUUAUGCUUUCCCAGUGGUUCAUGUCAACAUGUGAAAAAUGGCCAUCUGUGUCCUUGUUGCAGGCGAAGUUCCCCUUUCACAUGUUCAUCACGUUAUAUGAAUGUUUGUGAAGACUGUGAUACUCCAACCAAAGAAUGUAAUCGCAAUUUAUCGACAAGCCCUUUUCCCAUUACUAACCCCAAUCCAUUUUCCCAGUUUAUAUCGUUAUCAAAAACCAAAGAUUCAUUCUCCAGUUUCUUGAAUAAUGAACAGCAAAAUUUCUUAAAUCCUAAUUCUCUUUGGUCUAAAGUAUCAUCUCCGAUAAACUCUUCUCUAACCACGCUGAAAUGUGACGAGUUUUCUGCGUCUCAGCUUAAUAUGGGGAAUACUAUUGAGUUGUCGGCAAAUCAACCCAUUAUAUCAACCGACAGUGACAACAGCUGUGGUGAUAUGGAGACAAUUAUUAGCAAAGAUAUUGAGGAAAAUAAUGACAACAUUAAUCAUCAUCAAGUCGUUUACGCUGAAAAUGGCUACCAUAUUAAUCAUUCUAAUCCAAAUCUCCUUAAACUUUUGUCUAACUGUAAUCAGUUAGUCAGAAACUCAUCAGUUGAAAUACCACCAUCUUUGUGUUCAUCGCUACCGUCACUAUCAACUGUUAACAUAUUGUUCCCGUCUAAUAGUCAUAACAAUCGUGUUACAAGAUUAGACUCUUCAAUGCUGGAUAAUGCUUCAAAAUGUCUCAGUGGGAAUUGUACAUUGGAAAACAUGGAGAAUAACAAUCAAACUAAGAAUGGAGAUAGUGAUGGCAGUGAAACGUUUCAUGAUUAUAUGGAUAGUAAAACACCCCAGCCAAAUAGAAAUUCACUGUGCAUGUUUAAUAAUUACACUAACCCAAAUACAAUAGGAAUUGAAGAACCAUUUGAUAUCGGUCAGACAAUGCAAGAAGUUAUAAAAUCUUCAAUUCUUAACUAUCCUUUGGAUCUAUACACUUCUUCAUUAUCUUUACCAACGUCCUUCCCUUCCUCCCCUUCUGCCUCACUAAUUCAUAAUUGUGAACCAUUACAGGUAGAAAAACCGGUCACUAACUUUAUAAACCAUGCUCAGUUUACCAUCAAUCCAUACACAGUACAACAGGAAAUGCAACAUUCAAUCUCAGCUAAUUACACAACAUCAUGCUCUUCUUCAUCUUCAUCUUCAUCAUCAUCAUCCUCUGAGCAUCGUCAUCAUCACCAGCAUCAGUUACAGCAGUCACAACAGGGUUUUCCUCAAACUGACAUUGCUUCCUACAUACCUUCACAACUUUAUUCGACAGAAUGUAGUUAUAAACAACGAUAUAAUUUAUCUAAUAUGCCUAAUCUACAUAAUCACGAACAUCAGGAUCAGCAAAAACAAUUAUUUAUUCACUUGCCAACACCAACGGAAACCAUCAAAUGGAUGCCUAAGCAUUUGAUGAUGAUAAAUACACAGGGACAACACCAAUAUCAACAGCAACUUGAAGACGACCUUCUUGCAAGUGAACCUCGCUCAAUAAUCAAUAAACUUGGCAUGGAGCAUAGCUCUCAGAUAACCGCAGAAAAACAACCUAUGUUUCAUGAAACUCCUCAGUGUGUACAAUGUGGAACAUUUAAUAUUGAAAAUCAACAAUGGGUUUUCGAUAGAAUGACUGAACUUUAUCUAUGCAACGAAUGUGAUCAACAAAUCAAUGAUGACAACAGCAGAAGUCAAUCGACAAGAAAGAAGAUACAUGUAUCAAGUUUAAAUGUACCAGUUGAUGAGACCAAGGCAUUUCUUGAUCCAUUACUGCAUGGUGGAAUACACAAUGGAAAUAGAUCAGACUUAGACCAAGAUACUGGCAGUUUGCCUUUGCUGAUAUGGAAUGAUGUCAAACCUUAUUCAAAAGAUCCGUCAUUUAUAUUCAAUUCUAUGAACAAUAUAAAUGAGAUAGAUAAACACUUGCCAUUGCAAUCACCUCAAGCGAUUUCUAAUUGUUCUUCAUGGUCACAGUAUACAACGAAUCUGAUAAAGGAAACGGCUGUUACAAGUGAAUCAAUCGAUUCACUACAUAGUGAAGGAAAGAUCCCCAAAUCAUCAAACCCAUUAAGUAUCCAAAACUCUGCACGUCGUUCAGGACAGUUUUGUACCAAUUGUAAUACUUCAGCGACUACCCUAUGGCGUCGUAAUACUGAAGGAGAGCCAGUUUGCAAUGCUUGUGGACUAUAUUAUAAAUUACACAAGAUAAAUCGUCCAAUAUCUAUGAAGAAAGAGGGGAUUCAAACUCGCAAGAGAAAGCCAAGAACGAACACCCUGAAAUCUAAUCAGUUAUAUGUUACAAAUUCAUCUCGAGGUUCUGAAAAAGCUAUCAACAAAUUAGUGAUGCGUAUGGAUGGUUCGAAACAGGUCCGACAUCAUCACACUCCUUGUCAAGGAACACAGGUUGAAAGUCACCAUUCUAUUCCGCCUAGAUUUGCAACUUUGCCAAAUUUGGAUUAUGACGAGCAAAGAAUGAGAAAUCAAAGUUUGACUGUAAACAAAUCGGAUUCAUUAUUUUAUUCUCAAUUAUUAAAUGAAGUUCAUCCACAGCAUUCUACAGUAUGUACUCCUCAAUUUCCUUCACCUCCAUCGGCCUCACUGUCUCAACAUCAUCGACUGAACACACAUAAAUUCAACAGUCCAGUUGGUGAUAUUCAUUAUAGCCAGUAUGGUAACCAAUUCGAAAACACUGAGAUUACAAACAAUCAGUUAACGACAUUGAAUAAAAAAACUGACGAAAAUUGUAUAAAUUCAUUAUUAAUCUGGUCGAAUACUUCAAAAACAAAUUGUGAUUCCACGAAUGCUGUAGUAGUAACCGAUUUUAUUAAAUUAGACAAUAGUCGUAAUCAGACUACCAAUGAAGACGAUUAUGAGCUUAGGAAUACUAACAUUGGUAACAAUAAUAGUGAUAAUCUCACCAGCAUUUCAAUUAAUUAUUCGAAUACAAUUGCAGAUUCUAUAAAUUUUCAAUAUCAAGAAAAAUCUGUAACUUCAAAUUUACUACAUUCAACCUUUGAAAGGAAAACAAUGGUGGUUAAUGAUUUAGUGAGUAAUGAGAAGUCCACAAUGUAUCAUACUACAAGUUUGGUUAACUGUAACGAAAACGUUUAG